AUGGAGAAUAAACAUAACCCUAAUUGUCACGAAUGUCUCAGAGGAGAUGCAUCAAGUUGCUGGUCGGAUCUUCCUCAAGAUCUCUUGAUUUCAGUGUUGGAACGCCUUGGCUUUACUGAUUUCCAACGAGCUAAAUCCGUAUGCUCUUCUUGGUACGCUGCUUCCAGAAACGUCCUAUCCAAAAACAAUCAGAUCCCUUGGCUGAUUCUCUUCCCGGAAGACAAUAACAACAACAGUUCAUCAUGCACGUUGUUCAAUCCCGAGGAAAAACACAAACUCUACAAAACGGAUGAUCUUGGCGUUAAAUUCCCCAAGAGUGUGUGUAUAGCAACCUAUGGAAGCUGGCUCCUUAUGCAAGAUCCACGGUAUAAUCUCUACCUUUUGAAUCUUUUUACCCACGAAAGGAUUGAUCUGCCACCUGUGGAGUCACAACUUGGAACAAUAAAGGUCGAGCGAGUUUUAGAUAAUUGGUUUCUCGCUUCUGACGAUCACUACACAAGCAAGGUCAAAGGUAUUACUAUGCGAUCCCCUGUGAUUUGGAUUGACGAGAAAACCAAAGAUUAUGUUGUUCUUUGGGGUCUUUGGAAUUGUAGUGUGGUUUAUGCCAAGAAGGGAGAUACCUCGUGGAAUCAAGUUCCGGAAAUAUCAAGUUGUCUUCACAUGGUUUACAAGGAUCACAAGCUUUACUUCUCUAGCAGCAAAAAUAUUUUCACAAUCUUUGAUUUUUCUGGAGAGAUUCCUCAACAAACCUUUCAAUGUGUUAUGCAGCUGUUUAGAUUUGUGUUAGGUCAUCGUAGACGUAGUGCCCGACCAAGUAAUGAAUGGUUCGUUGAUGAGACAAAACUGGUAGUCACCGUAGCAGGAGAUGUCUUCAAGGUUCAAAGAAUGAUAAGGCCUAGGUCUGGAAUCAUCUCAUUCCGCGUCUACAAAGUUUAUUCAUCAUUAGGGAUCCCCAAAUAUGAACCAGUUGAUUCUUUGGGCGAUGAGGCAAUGCUUCUGGAUCUAGGUGUCACUGUACUCGUCAAUGAAGUCGACGGACUCCAUAGAAACUCCAUCUAUUUCAGUGGUAGCCAUGGAAAGAAAAAGAAGGAUAUCUUUAUCUUCAAUUUGGAGACACGAAAGAUGAAGUCGCUGCAAAAAUUGGAUUGUUCGUCAGUUCAACUCUCUAGAGCUCGAUGGUUCUUACCAAGUUUCACGCCUACGUGA